UCCUAAUUGAAAUUAGUUAUUCCGCUGAAUUAAAAGUUGAAAAGGACUCAAACGAGGGCAUCAUUUCUUUCCUAACCGCAAACAUGAAACCCUUGUUUCCGACAAGACCCAAUCCAGCGAUAUCUUUCCCCAUCUCUGCAAACUCUCUGUUUCAAAUCUCACAUUUCUUCAAAGCAACAUUUCACUCCUCCGACAACGUUUCCUCCUCACGCCGACAUGAGGUAGAAAGUCGAAAUGUUAAGGUCUCGGUAUGGUGGGAUUUCGAGAAUUGCAAUUUGCCGACUGGCUCCAAUUUGUUUAGGGUGACCCAGAGUAUCAAUGCCGCCAUUAGGGCUAAUGGGAUCAAGGGUCCCAUCCAAAUCACGGCUUUUGGUGACCUAAUGCAGAUGUCGCGUGUUAAUCAGGACUCCCUUUCUUCCACGGGAAUCACUUUCACUCACGUCCCCAACGGUGGAAAGAACAGUGCUGACAGGUCUCUUCUUGUUGACCUUAUGUAUUGGGUUUCUCGAAACCCCCCACCAGCACACCUUUUCUUGAUUUCAGGAGAUAGAGAUUUCGCCAGCAUUCUACACCGACUAAGAAUGAACAAUUACAACAUUUUGCUUGCCAGUCUAGAAAUUGUGCCCAAUGCUCUUAGCAGUGCUGCCAGUAUUAUAUGGCAAUGGAAUGCUCUAAUUAGUGGCGAGAACCUUAAUGGGAAGCGUUUUAAUCAACCACCAGAUGGUCCUCAUGGCUCUUGGUAUGGCCAUUAUAAGGCACCUCUUGAAGACCCCUUUAUGACUUCGGAACAGAAGCCUCCGCUUGUUCCCUGUCGUCAGGACCGUUCUGAUACGCCAAAAGCUUCCUCUGUUCGUAAAGUGGAAGUUACAAAAAUAUCCUUCACCAAAGGUCAGAAGCAACAGAGGUCAGCACCAAGUCCUUGCUCUGUACGGAAGAUUAAAUCUUCUUCAACUAAAUUACAGGAGGCACCAAAAGUGGAAGAGUCACAUAAAGGACGGAAGGAGUCGUGUGUUGAAGAUGUGCCAGUAGAUGCACAUUCUAUUAUUAAAAUUAACACAGGAUCUCAAGUAACUGGAAGUCAUUGUAAACCAGGGUUUUUUGGCAAAUUAUGGAAAAAAAUUGGUUUAGGAAUGUAUUGAGUAAAGAAAGUGGGGUUAAAUAAGAUAAUAUGAGCAGACAAUUUUGGCCAGUCAGAGAAAGAGAUACUGGCAGGUUGUGGGGUAGGGUUUAAUGCACCAAACUCUCUCGUGAAAUAUAAAUUGGAAGCAUUAGCCCCUGUGAUUUAAAAAAUGCGUCAAAUCCCAUGUAUUAUAAUUAAUCAUGUGCAAAAUCCCCUCCAAUUUUUUUUUUACAAUUUUGAAAUCACUUUUUAUAAUUGUAUGAUUGAAUAUGUAGGUAACCUUGUCAAAAUUUCUAAAUUAUACAAAAAAAAGUAAUCAAUUUUCAUUUUUUUGGAAAUUAAAUUUGUUCUUGGAGGGGGUUUGACAAAUUAUUAAUUAUAACACGGGGGUUUGACGCAUUUUUUAAAUCACAGGGCUAAUCACGCAUUAAACCGCAGGUUGUGGAGAAACACAUGGGGGGAAAGUUGUUGGAGAUUCUUCUUUAGGAUGCUAUUCAGUUUUCAUCCACUUGACUUUCCCUUUUUUUUGAAGCUUAAACAAAGUAAUGCUCGUGAUGGUUAUGCAUAAAAUUGAGAUAGGGAAGUGAUGAAUCUUCUAGAGAUGAGUGAUUUUAACAUGGAUCUCUACGGACAGUGUGAAACUGUGAAUAGAGGUGAGGAUGGUGAGAAGGCCUGGUUUGUGUGCAAACGGGAAGGUUGUAUGCGUGUGUGUAUGUAUUAUGGUGAUUAACAACGACGAGUCUUUUGUUUGACAAAUGAAGUAGCCU